GAAAGACGCGAGACGGCGUUGUUUACUUUCAAAAUCAAACCGGAGCGCGUCGUACGAUAGAUAGAAAUGGCUAGGGUAAUACCAACUGUACCACUCGCAGACAUUCCCGAACUUCGGUCUUCUGUGGGCUUAUGCGGAUUUAUGGAGGUCGUUAUCCAUCAUCUUUUGUUUGUAAAAAACGUUUAUCCCAAAGAAGCAUUCUCUAAAUCUGUGCGAAAAAAUGUUACUGUUUGGAAAUGUGACUGUCCAGAAGUCCAAAAGUAUAUUAUCAAUUUCCUCAACUUUGCUCAUAAGGUUCUUAUACAGAAAAGGAAGAUUACACUUGGUUUUGUCUUGUGCAGACGAAACAACGAAGUUAUUGAAGAGUUCGACUUCGAAUUUAAAGUGCACGAUUUGUUCGUUGAAAGUGAAUCGCAGUUGGUGUGUUUGUUGGAUAAUUUGAUUUCCAUCUGUGAAGAUAUUCAUAAAACAAAUACCUUCUUUGAUUUCAAUACAGUUAACUCAGGAGCAAAAGAAAUAACUUUUGAAUUGCAAAUUGUAUUUGAUCCAGAUGAAGUUGAAGAUCUUCCAAAUCAAGAUCCUGAAUAUCCCAUGAUUUUACAUCGUGCACCUGCAAAAAACCCAUUGAAAAAAGUUACCCAGUUGAAGAAGGAGCGUAAUAAGACAUAUGAGGUGAAAGCUUUUGCUCUGAAGAAGAUGUAAAUUUGAUUCUGCACUUCAACUUACAUUGCUACCUGACACUCAAAUAUUCAUGAUCACUUUGUAACUAUUUUAAUAAAAUUUUAUAAAUAAUAGAAAAUUUUGUAUUGUUCAAUACUAUUUUACAAUUUUUAUAAUGCCAAUUUGUAUAUGCUAACUUUUAUAAUGCCAAUUUUUAUAUGCUUUUAUAAUGCUAAUUUUUUAUAAUGCCAAUUUUUAUAUGCUAAAAUCAUUGCUUCUGUUCUCUUUUCAAUUCAAAGAAAAAUACAGCCUGUGAAAGCAAUUAGUUCCUUGAGUCAUUUUAUGAAAUUAUAGUUUUUAAUCCAAAAUUUUAAAAUCUUUUUUUUUUUUUUUUUUUUUUUAAUAUUUGCAUUUUUAAUGAAAUGUAGAAUGUGAUAUAUUUGACAUUCCUAAUUCAGAUUUUAUAAAGUAUGGUAUUGAUUUAUUUAAGUUGGAAAAUAUCAGUUUUGUUCGUUUAUUUUCAAACAAUUCAAUGAAAUUUUUAAAUAUGUAAACCAUUGGCAAGAUGCUAAACUAAGUUCAAAACCUGAAUUUUAGUGACAAAGAUUGAGUUACAGUGAGAUGUGGUAUCAUUUAGUUUUAAGAUUGUAGAAUUUGUUUGUGAAAGUUAACGAUUAUUGUAUCAGUGUAAUCGAAUAUUUAUUUCUAGAUGUGUUAUCAUGUCCUUUAAGCUGACAAAGUUUUAUAUCAUGGUCAUAAAAAUUCCAUAUAUUCCUUUUUAAACUUAAAUUUUAAUUUGUAUACGAUUGGUACUAUUUAAGCAUGGAAGUUUUGCAUACCAUAUUUAUUCGGAUUAGUUUGAUAAAUUCUGGAUUCCAUUAUACAAUAAAAACUCCUAUUUUUAAAAUUCAUUUUAGUAAUGGCCAAUUUUGAUUUAAAAGGCUAAGGUUUGUCUACAUCGUUUUGUGAUUUGUCUGAAACUUUAUAGUACUGUUUUUUUUUUUAGUUGCACACGGUGACAACUGACUUAUGAUCUGUAUCUGUUAUUGAUGUAUAAAUAUUUUGCUUGUCUAUGAUGUAUUUAUAUUCAUGUUGCUUACUAUUACUUCAAUUGUAAAAGUGUAUGUGAAUCAUAAUAAAUAAAAUUCGGUUUAUAAUCUCGUCAA